UUGUCUUCGACAUUCAUCUCGAAAUGCUAAUGCAAUACAUUUCAAAUGGAUAAGUCUUCUGUAGAUCCGUAUUCCUACGCAAAUCCAGAUAUUGCUAGGAUAAUUCAUACCCAUUUAGAAUUAUUCGUCGACUUUAAUGAAACAGUCCUUCGCGGCACGGCAAUUUUAUUUAUAGAAAUGGAACCUGAAUAUGACGAAAUAAUUUUAGAUAUCUACCAACUCAAUGAAGAUAAGAUGGAUGUCUUAGAAUACUUCAGUAGUGAUAAAUUAAAAUAUAACGUUAAACAAAACCGUAGUGUUGGAAGUAAAUCUGUUAUUAUUCGGAUACCGCACAAAUAUAGAGGUCGUUUCACUGAAUAUAAAUAUUGCAAUAAGCCAUAUCAAAUUGACUAUAAUUGUGCAAUUUUGAUUAUGUAUGAAACACGUAAAGAUUCUCCUGUACUGUAUUGGUUAAGAAGUGACCAAACUUCUGAUGGCACUCAUCCUUUGCUAAUAACUAACAACAAGUUUACAUAUGCCAGAGGAAUAUUUCCCUGUCAAGAUUCACCAUCUGUUAGAUUUACAUUCACCGCGGAGGAAAUUAUUUCCGUUUUUCUAAGUAGCAGUAGCAGUAGCAGUAGCAGUAUCAGAGAUCAUAGAGCAGAGAGCAGUAGCAGUAGCAGUAGCAGUAGCAGUAGCAGUAGCAGUAGCAGAGAGCAGAGAGCAGUAGCAGUAGCAGGAGAGGAGCAGGAAGAAAAAAUAAAGCUUGUGACAUCCGACAAUAAUGAUUUUAUUAGCAUGUUUAAAAGUAUUGCUAGGGUAAUUCAUACCCAUUUAGAAUUAUUCGUCGACUUUGAUGAAACAGUCCUUCGCGGCACGGCAAUUUUAUUUAUAGAAAUGGAACCUGAAUAUGACGAAAUAAUUUUAGAUAUCUACCAACUCAAUGAAGAUAAGAUGGAUAUCUCAGAAUACUCGAGUAAUGAUAAAUUAAAAUAUGACGUUAAACAAACUCCCCGUAAUAUUGGAGUAAAUGAAUUUGUUGUUAUUCAGAUACCGCAGAAAUAUAGAGGUCGUUUCACUGAAUUUAAAUAUAAAUAUUGCAAUGAGCCAUAUCAAAUUGACUAUAAUUGUGCAAUUUUGAUUAUGUAUGAAACACGUAAAGAUUCUCCUGUACUGUAUUGGUUAAGAAGUGACCAAACUUCUGAUGGCACUCAUCCUUUGCUAAUAACUAACAACAAGUUUACAUAUGCCAGAGGAAUAUUUCCCUGUCAAGAUUCACCAUCUGUUAGAUUUACAUUCACCGCGGAGAUUUCUGUACCAAAUAAUUUCAAUACCAUUAUAAUAUGUGGGAGGACAUGUAGACCUAUAAUAAAUGAUGGAGACCGAUACAUAUACAUGUGUUUUGAAAUGUUUCCGAUGCCGUCAUAUUCAAUGAUUAUUAUAGUUGGUUCAUUAGAAACCAUACACCUUGAUUUACAACAUAACGUCAGUUUGUGGGUCGAAAAAAAAUAUAUUGAGCAAAGUAGAUCAUGUUUCGCAAAUUUCCAUCAUAUUCUUACUAUUGCCAAAGAAUUGUGUGGUCCUCUAUAUAAAUGUACAGAAACUAAAAUCAAUAUUGACUAAGUGGAUUUAUGGACCGAAUUUAAGACAUAUGCCUAUUGAAGAUAUAUGUACUUUGUAUCCCGAGCUGCAUUGUCUAAUGACAAAAAGUCAAGGAUACCUAUUAGCAACACGGUGGAUCACGACAGAAGCAUUUAAUAAUUUUGCUUUAUUGUUGAAUGAAUUAAAAUUUUGUAAUAAUAAUCUUGAGAGAAGAGAAUUCUUAUUCCACUUAUAUGCAUCGAAUGCGAUUUUACCGGUUGCAAAGUUAUGGUGGCUGCGUCAUAUGUUUCCUCUUGACGAGCAAACCUGUGAAAAUCGGUUUCUUUUGCUACUUUUGUACAUAAAAAAUAAAUGGUUGGAAAUGAUUCAACCUGCUUUGGAAUUUGUCCGCGAAUAUUGUUCACCAAUGUUUGCGUGUCCAAUAUUUAGUGAAUUGUACGAAUUGGAAGAGGCGCGUCACCUGGCGAUCUCAGGGUUUAUAGCCAUUGUGGAGAAGAAGUGCAAAAUGCUUCCCUCAACCAUCCAAGAAGUAGCAUAUAUUCUUAAAAUUAAUUUAAAGGAUAUAUAUAUAUUAACAAGUGAAGGAAGUACUCUGCAUGUAAAAA